CGCUCGGCGGGGGCCGCACGGGCAAGAUGGUGUGUGCUCGGGCGGCCCUCGGUCCCGGCGCGCUCUGGGCCGCGGCCUGGGGAGUCCUGCUGCUCACGGCCACCGCGGGGGCGCAGCGCGGCCGGAAGAAGGUCGUGCACGUGCUCGAGGGCGAGUCAGGCUCGGUGGUGGUGCAGACGGCGCCAGGGCAGGUGGUCAGCCACCGAGGCGGAACUAUCGUCUUGCCCUGCCGUUACCACUACGAGGCAGCUGCCCAGGGUCACGACGGCGUCCGCCUCAAGUGGACCAAGGUGGUGGACCCGCUGGCCUUUGCUGAUGUCUUCGUGGCACUGGGCCCCCAACACCGGGCGUUUGGCAGCUACCGCGGGCGGGCCGAGCUGCAGGGGGAUGGGCCCGGGGACGCCUCUCUGGUUCUCCGAAACGUCACACUGCAGGAUUACGGGCGCUAUGAGUGUGAGGUCACCAAUGAGUUGGAGGAUGACACUGGCAUGGUCAAGCUGGACCUGGAAGGUGUGGUCUUCCCUUACCACCCCCGUGGAGGCCGCUACAAGCUGACCUUCAUGGAGGCGCAGCGCGCAUGCGCUGAGCAAGACGGCAUCCUGGCGUCGGCCGAGCAGCUGCACGCGGCCUGGCGCGACGGCCUGGACUGGUGUAACGCGGGCUGGCUGCGCGACGGCUCCGUGCAGUACCCGGUGAGCCAGCCCCGGGAGCCCUGCGGCGGCCUGGGCGGGGCCGGGAGCACCGGGGUCGGCAGUGGUGCCUCCGGGGGCGUGCGCAACUACGGCUACCGCCAUAAUGCUGAGGAACGCUACGACGCCUUCUGCUUCACAUCCAACCUCCCGGGGCGCGUGUUCUUCCUGAAGCCGCUGCGGCCAGUGCCUUUCUCAGGAGCAGCGCGCGCGUGCGCGGCGCGCGGCGCGGUCGUGGCCAAGGUGGGGCAGCUGUUCGCCGCGUGGAAGCUGCAGCUGCUGGACCGCUGCACCGCGGGCUGGCUGGCCGACGGGAGCGCGCGCUACCCCAUCGUGAAUCCGCGCGCGCGCUGCGGCGGCCGCCGGGCCGGCGUGCGCAGCCUCGGCUUCCCGGACGCCACGCGCCGCCUCUUCGGCGUCUACUGCUACCGGGCGCCCGGCGCGCCGGACCCCGCACCCGGGGGCUGGGGCUGGGGCUGGGCCGGAGGCGGUGGCUGGGCCGGAGGCGCGCGCGACCCCGACGCCUGGACCCCGCUGCGCGUCUAGACCCGGGCGCGGAUGGCCGAGGUGCGGACAGCUGGGGCCCUCGGCAGCUGGCUGAGUGCCUUGCGGUCCCUUGGAGGCGGACCACGCCCCUGAAGACUGGCCACGCGCCCUGCGGUGCCUCCUGCGGGCCUUGAACACUGGCUACACCCCCUGAGAUCCCCAGAGCCUGGUCAGUCCCUGGAGACAUGUCCCUUGGAAUCCCCCCGGAGACUGACCAGGCCGCACCUCUCCUAGACGGUGGAUUUCUCCUCCUCCCCUGACACACCCCCUGAAGACCCCUGGAGGCCAAUAGACCCUGAGGUCCCCUGAAGACUGGCCACGCCUCCCAAGGUCACCUGAAAACAGACGGAACCACUCCCGAGGUCUCCUGGAGGCUGGACCCCCGGGAUUGUCUGGAGACUGCCCACAAGUCCUUUGCAUCUCCCUGGAGACUGAAGACUGUUCCCUUAACGGUCACCUGGACACUGAACCCUCCUCCCCAUCACUUGUAGAGAAACCAGAAACCUCAGAGUUCGCCAGAUGACCAUGCUACUGUGGUCCCAUGGAGAUUGGGCUCCUGUUCUCUUCCCUACGGUGACCUAUAGAUUGGGUACUCCCAUUCUUCCCCACUCCCCAUGAGUCCCCCAAAGUUUCCUGAGUAACAGGCCACGGUCUCUAGGUCACCGUGGAGAACAACAGCCCCACCCCUCUAGUUUAAGGGGACCACCCUUGUCUGUCACCUGAAGACAAACUGACAUGCCCCCCAGCUGGCCCGCAUGCCUGGCGGCCAUGCCCCACUCCCUGGGUAUUUCUCUGAAGGGAGCAAAUCCGCCCCCACCUGACAGCCCCUUUCCUGGCUGUCACCAAAGAAACCACCACCCCAUCCCACUCCCUACCUCCACCCCAAACCCCACCCCACCCCCCUGCCCAGGGACCCAUAAGAUCUAUGUCACUCGCUAUGGAGACAAGCCACCCCGUUUGCCAUUGUUUCCAAGACGACCAGCCCAGCUUCUACCUGUCGCCUAGAGUCACACAGUCCUCCCCUCAUCAGUCACACUCAUGGAGAUGGUGCCUCCCUCCUCUAGCUGUAACCAUGGAUACCACACAUUUUACAUCUCACCAGCCCCCACCCCAGAGACCUACAACUUCACUUCCGGCUGUCUCCUUCCUGACCAACAGCCGUGGAGAUCACCCUCUCUCCAACUGGCCAGAGAGUGACCCAACGUUUGGUUCUCCAGCUUUCACCGUGGAAACAGGCUGCCCCUUUCCCCAGGCCCACCCCAGCUCCUUACCACUCUGCAAGCUCCGCACCCAGUUGGCUUGGACCCCAUAGCUGUUGCCGUGGAGACCAAACUCUGAUGUCUGAGGUAACAGAACACCUGUCCCCCUAGGAUUUCUCUGGUCGGCAGGGCCCUGCCCCACCGAGUUGUAACUAUAGAGACAGUCAACACUGUCCACAUGACAACCGACUUCCCAGCUCUCAGGAACUUCUCACCAUGGGCUGGAACUGCGCCCCCUGUGUGCCCUGGCCCUUUGAGCUGGGCAAGCACUGGGCUCCCCUUUUCCUCUCUCAGACCACGUUCCCAUUCUCACCAAGUUCCUCUCUCCUUCCCUAACACCCCCCCCACACACACACACACAGGCACACACAUAUUCCUCCUUAGAGAUCCAGGAAAGGGAGUGUCCUUAAACCUCAAAAUCCACCCUGAGCUCUAAGGGGCAAUUCGUGCUAAGUCAGGACCCAGCCAAACUCCCCAUUGUUGAGAGCCAGCUGGAGGAAACAGUCCAUGAACAGGGCCACUGCAGCGGGGGGAGACCGCAGUUCUGAGGUCUCGCCUGGAGUAACACUGGGGUCCCUCCUAGAGCCCUCCUUAUUGUCACAUCCAUCUCAAGGAAACCCAUCUGUGAGUUUUGGAACCAGGUGUGCUUGGGUUCGAAUCCUGCUUCUGUAACCAAGUGACAAAAUCCCUGAGCUGUUUCCCACUCUGCACUAGGGCUGUUCUGAGGUCCCAGGGACUGCAAGCAUAGAGCAGGGGCUCAAUCUUUGUGGGGUUUUUUUGAUGAAUGAGUAAAUGAGGCAGCCAGUGGGUAA